AGAAGACUUGAUGUUUACCCCACAGGCAACUGGAAACUGCUCCACUCAGAACCUCCUUUUUUUCUAGCCCAGGUGGUAUGCUUAAUGGCAGUCACUCUGUAUCAGGUUCACCUGGCAAAUCUAUUUGGGGUUUGAGCCGAAAUAACGUGAGUUCCUCACGCUCCUUAGCCGGGCCAGCUGUCCCUCCUUGCUGGGAACCAGCUUUGCUCAAGGCCUAUCUAUCCAGCCCUCUGUGCCUGACAACUUUCUGCGGUUUCGGGUGCUAAUGAGCUUCCCUCCUUUCCCUCCUCUGGCCUUGCUACUGCCUGGGGAAUUCGCACAAAUGGUGUGUGAUUUGCCCCUUCUGUGUUUUCCUUUCUGACUUGGAGGUAAAGAAAACCCCUCACCCCCCACCCACUCUCUGUUUAUUCAACUGGGAGAGAUUUCACACCCAAGAACCCAGCUCUCCCUCCCUGAGCCCCUUUCCUAAAUCUUUAUCCCCUUCCUAAGUCCCCUACCCUUGCACAUCCCUGAAUAAUUUAUGAGUCCAGGCAGGCCUUAUAAAAGGGUCUCCCAGGAAAGGCCAAAAGAGUGCAGGAGGUUCUGAGAAAUAGGAGUCCCCACAGCCUGCCUGGCCUUGACACCCUAAGGAUGGACCCUGCUGCUCCCACUGCUGCUGCCCCUGUCCCAGCCCUGGCCCUAGCCCUAGCUCCAGCCCUAGCACAGGCACCCCCAGCACUCCCUGGCCUGUUAAACCCAUCACUCCUUCUCUCCUCUGGACAAGAAGCAGAUGGGAGCGAAAGAGGAGCUUGUCUUUGGAGGCCCUGGCUGUCCCCUACAAAUGACCCUCCAAGGCAGGUGAGGAAACUUGUGGAUUUGGCCGCUGGUGGGGCAACAGGUGCUGAGGUCACGAAGGCUGACUCCGAGUUUCAUCACCCCGUCAGGCUUUUCUGGCCUAAAUCCCGCUCCUAUGACUACCUGUACACUGAUGGGGAGAUUUUACUGCAGCACUUCCCUGUCCAGGCAACCAUCAAUCUGUAUGAGGACUCAGACAGUGAAGAGGAGGAGGAGGAAGAGGAGGAGCACAAAGAAGAGGAGAAGAAAGAGGAGGCAGAUGAAAAGGGGCCAGAAGGAUGUGUGAGGGUACCAGGGUCAGCACCACACAGGGCCACAGCUCAUCUUACUUCCCCACCCCUGACCUGUCCAAACUGAGCCGGUCAGAGUCUGACUGGGGUUCAGUAUGCCUGGCAAGGCUCCAGGGCAUCGAUUAGCCGGGAAUCACCAGGCACAGCUCUCUGGAUUGAAAGUUGGGUCCUUGAGUCACCGGCUUACCCUGGCUAUACCCAAGUGGCCUGUGAGCCCAGGCCUCUGGCAUCUCAUUGUCUGGGUUGCUGUUGUGUUGACAGUGGGAGGGCCCUAGAAGCUCUAGGGGAAGAACGACCUGCUUUCUGAAGCCCCCAGGAAGCAGAUCAGGACAGAGCAUGCCCAUGUAGAGGGGAACUGUCACUCUUCAGGGCUCUUUGACUCCCCAGCCUUCCAGGUGGCCACAUAGUCCUGUCUCCCCAUAGAAACCCUGACUUCUGGCUUCACCUCCAGGGUUACCAACACCAGAUCCAAGCAAAUUUGGGAUGCCUUUCUGAUGGGCAUUGCAGGAAGAGAAGGGGGCAUCUAGAGAAUCAGCUUGCUUUCGGGACCUCCCCCCAUUUUGCCUGCUAUCCAUUGGGGUCUGUAUUGGCAUGAGAUGAAUCAAGAG